GUCCUAAUCCCAUUUUAAAGGUUGCGUUUGGUUUGGAAUUUGGAAAUUCCUCUUCUCCUCUCCGAGUUGGUGUUCCUCUUCUAAAACCUGUUAGAGACCAUUUUUAUGGUUUCUGAGAUUUUUUGGAAAACAUGAAUCCUGGAGGGUAUACUGUGGAAGUUUCAGGUUUGUCUCCGAAGGCCACGGAAAAGGACGUCUAUGAUUUUUUCGCUUUCUCUGGUGCGAUCGAACAUGUCGAAAUCGCCGGAGGUGGUGAAUUUGCCUGUACUGCGUAUGUGACAUUCAAAGAUGCUUAUUCUCAAGACACUGCAUGCUUGCUCAGUGGUGCCACAAUUUUGGAUCAACGCGUAUGCAUAACCCGCUGGGGGCUAUAUGAAGAUGAAUUUCAUUUUUGGAACAGGCCUUCACAUAGGCAAGAAGAAGAAACUGGUUCAAUUCAUACACAAAGAACCCAAUUUCCCAGCACCGGAGAGGCAGUAACUAUGGCUCAGGAAGUUAAAACCAUGCUAGCCAAGGGAUAUAAUCUAGGUAAAGAUGCAUUAGGCAAGGCCAAAGCGUUGGAUGAUGAGAAUCACGUUUCAGCAAAUGCAGCAGCCAAGGUUGCUGAGCUCAGCCACAGAAUCGGCCUCACUGAUAAGAUAUGUGCAGGGGUGGAAGCUGUUAGAUCUGUUGAUGGAAAGUAUCAUGUCUCAGAUAGGACCAAGUCAGCCGCGUCGGCAGCUGCAAGCAGCGUGGUAAACAGUAGCUACUUUUCGAAGGGAGCUCUUUGGGUCUCAGAUGCUUUAACUCGAGCAGCAAAAGUUGCAGCUGACAUGGGUGGUCAUGGUGUUAAUUAAGCAAUGAGGCCUUUGAUUGACUCAAGUACCCCUUUCGUUCUUGUAUAUGAAUAGCUUAAAACAUAUGGAUAGUUUUGUAUCUUGGUAUGGGCCGUGUACAGUCUAAUAAUAUGGAUGUACACAAGACAUGAGCCAUAGAGGUAAUCUCAUUUUCAAGUAUUGUUGUUUCAUAAUCCA